AAUCAAGUGAUAUUAGUGAAGGCUCUAGUGUUAAUACACAAGAAGGUUCUAGCAAUAAUACAGAAGAAGGUUCUAGCGAUAAUACGGAAGAAAGUUCUAGUAAUAAUAUGAAUGAAAAUUUGAAUGUUGAUACAAAUGAAC